AUGGACUGCAAGAUCUGCCUCCGUCGGUACAACCCAGACUCCGUCAGACUCACUCCACGUCUUCUAACCACCUGUGGGCAUACAAUGUGUCAGGAAUGUGUUGGGAAACUGGCCAAACAUAGGAAAAUACGUUGUCCAUUCGACAGGAGGAUUACUGAUUUGUCAGAUGGCGUCGAGAAUCUCACUAAAAACUUUGCGAUUCUGGAGAUACUUGGUCAUAAUGGAGAAGUCGAGGAAGAAGGAGUGGUGGAGGAAGUUUCUGAUGCUUCUGAGAAUUCUGAGGAUUCUGAUUCUGAUUCUGAUUCCGACGAUGACGACUCAUCUGACGUCUCUGAUGAUUCUUCUGAUGUCAGUGACUCCUCUGACGUCUCCGAUAGUUCAUCUGAUGACUCCAGUAGCUCAUCCAUUGCUUCAGAUUCUUCUGAUGUGUCCUCAUCUUCUGAGGAUUCCUCAGAUGAUUCUAAAGAUUCUGAUUCUGACGACGACGACGGUGCUGAGGGAGCGGCUCAGGAGCCUUCGGAUUCUGAUGAUGAGGACGCUGUCUUCGAGCCACACCAACCAAAUGUUCAAUAUCCGGAUAGUGACUAA